AUGAUUGUCGAUUUUGCGGUGUUGAGAAGGAGCAACCCAUUUGAAUCCGGCCUCAGGGUCCUUCCGAUAUUCUACUUUGUUUGUAUUGCUUUCAACGUCCUUAUGGUAACAUGGGAUGGCUCAAAAGGUAUCUCCUUUUGCUCAUUUAUAUAUCGUCACCAUACUUUGCAAGUUCCAUAUUUGAUUUUAGUGUUGCACUUUAACGAAAUCCCAGUUUGGGGAGCGGUGAUCAUUGCUCUUGGUUGCGGUUUUAUAGCAGCCAUGUUUGUACAGUUCUUCCUAAAGCCACGAAUUCAUAGGAAAAUACAAGAUGAAAUGGCGGUCAAGUCAAGAACGCAGUGCGUUGUGGUGAAUCCAGAUCUUGUUACGGAUCGUUACAUCAUCGGUAAAGAAGUGAAAGAUGCUGAAAGUGGAAGCUACACUUCCAGUAUGUUUCAAAGUCCACUCAUAUAUUUUAAAAAUUGAUC